UGAAGCAAAUGUGUUUGUAUUUCUGAAUGAACGUACUUUGGCCGGUGAAACUUUCCUGCAAGCUUUGCUUCUCCUUCCUUCUCGGGAGUUUCUUUUUGGUGCACCUGCAGCUGCAGCUCGUGUUCUGAUUUCAGGUUUACAGAAUGGACCGACCCCUGUCUCCUCGAGAGUCUGGUCAGUUCGUGGCGGAGCGGAGCAGAGAUGUGUCUGUGGAUGAGGAUGGGGUGAGGAGAGUAGCGGAGAUGCUCUACGGGCUGAAGGACAGUGAGGAGUUCACGGCCAGCGGCUGGAAGAAGAUGAACCCUCUCGCUCCCUCUCCGGACUCAGACGAGGCUAUUAACUGGGUGUUCGUGACGGACACCAUGAACUUUUCCUUCUGGCCGGACAGAGAAGACCAGCAGUGUGAAGUCAUCUACAAAGGAAACACCUACCGUGGAUACAUGUCUCUGUGUGCAGCUGUCACCAGGGCUAUGGACGAGGGCGUGCCUAUCACAGACCCCGCCUACUUCUCCAAGAUCAGCCAGGCGGAACUGGAACGUGUCCUUCGUUCAGAUAGUGCCACGCCCAUGCCCAUGCUGAAGGAGCGUCACCAGGCCCUCACUGAGGCAGGGCGAGUGCUCAUGCAGCAUGGUGGAUCCUUCCGGAACUUCAUGAGUCACGGACAGAACGAUGCGGAGAAGAUGGUGCGAUACAUUGUGGAUAAUAUACCGUCAUACAGGGAUGAAGCCACCUUUGAGGGCCAGAAGAUUUCCUUCUAUAAGCGGGCUCAGAUCCUGGUGGCUGAUUUCUGGGGGAUCAUGGAGGCCAGAGGGGAAGGGAACAUACCCAAUCUGGACUACCUCACCAUGUUCGCAGAUUACAGGGUACCACAGGCCCUCGUCUACCUGGGGGCACUGCGCUACUCAGAUGCCCUUAUGGAGGCACUGAAAAAGGGUGAGCUGCUGAGUUCUGGUGAGAGGCGAGAAGUGGAAAUCCGAGGCUGUUCUAUCUGGUGUGUGGAGAGAAUUAAGAACGUCCUGUGGAAACUUGUACAGGAGAGAGAUGGACAGAGCUGUAACAUAAACUCAGCCCUCAUUGACUUCUACCUGUGGCCUUAUGCGAAACAGCAUCACAAAGAAAUGGCUCAUAUCCCCAUUCAUCAUACUCGUUGCAUCUACUAUUGACACCAAGGUCACACAUGUUGACAGAAUCAGUCGCUAACUACUUCAGAUGAGGGCAGGUAAUCGUUCUGGGGACCAUGGCGACUGGGCCCCAGAAAAGGUUUAUUGGGCCCUUAGAUGCUCUACAGAUACUGGCACAGUUGUACACCCAUGACUCACAAAAAGAUCUAACAUGUACCUCACCAUUCAGCUUCCAUCAGCACUACACCGACCGCCCUGAUGUCUGUUUAUCCCCCUCUUCUUCAUAGUGAUCAUUUUAAAAUCUUAAAUGUUCAAAUCAUUCCAUUCAAUUUGUAGAUCCAAUUAUGUAUGCUGUAGAGAAAAGUUUCUCAGGAAUCUAUGUAACCUUCUUUUUUAGGUCAUUCUCAUGAAACUGCCUCAAAACAUGUCCAUAAAUAUUUCAUAAGCAUCACGCAGAUAAACAGUAUUUCUACCAUUUAGUAGAUCAUUCAGAGCUCUAUGGUACAGCAAGACAUUUUAGUUCAUUUUUGUAUUUUACAUUUUUUGGGCAUUUAUUCUCAUUACUGCACUGUGUCCGCGUCUGUGUUUCUCAUUAGUGAUAUUUUUCAUUUUGUCCCUUUUUUUUAUGAGAAAAAAUGAGUUUCCAUCACUUUUAACUCUUGAAUCUCUUUAUCUUAACAGUUCUUUGUAAACUAAAAGGAUGUGGAGCAACACAACCAAAUGUUUUGUCAUGUGGCUGUCAAUGUGUACGCUAAUGAAAUAAAAUCACAAAA